UGAGAAAUAUUUAAUUGAAGAAAGACACGGGAAGAGGGGGGCAGAAACAACAAAGAUCACUUCGCUCUCGUGUAAUAAUUUCAAUACUUCAUGAACAGCCCAAAUAUCGCCAAGCUAAUUAUCGACAAACUCCCGCACACUAAUUCAAUACAUGUUUAUAACCCGGAUGAGCUUUUAAACAAUGAAAGCAAGCUUCAAGAGUUUAAUUGUAGAAGCAAUACCUUAUUUCAAAGAUCAUUAAAAUAAUUUUCAAAACAAAACAAA